GGUCCUUCAGUCACCCGGAAGAAGCGCCAGUGUUUACAGUCGAGCGGCAGAAACACGUGUGUGUGUGUGAUGGUCAACACAGGUUGCAGUCACUGCUAAUGAAUUUCUGUAUGUCUGCAGCGAAUAAAACAUCAUCUGUGAAAUAAACAUCAUGAGAGUUGUUGCGUUGAUCAGUGGCGGUAAAGACAGCUGUUAUAACAUGAUGCAGUGUGUGUCUGCUGGUCACACUAUAGUGGCCCUUGCCAACCUCAGGCCUCCUGCACACGCCGUGUCGGAUGAGCUGGACAGUUACAUGUACCAGACGGUGGGUCACCAGGCCGUGGAUCUGCUGGCGGAGGCCAUGGAUCUGCCCCUGUACAGGCACACUAUCAAGGGCUCGAGUCUGCACACCGGCAGAGAGUACAGCCCGACGGAAGGAGACGAGGUGGAGGAUCUCUAUCAGCUGCUCAAACUCGUCCAGGAGGAAGUGUGUGUGGAGGCCGUGUCCGUCGGGGCCAUUCUGUCCGACUACCAGAGGAUACGUGUGGAAAACGUGUGUGCGAGGCUUGAGCUCCAGCCGCUGGCGUACCUGUGGCGCCGAGACCAGGCCGAGCUGCUCCGAGAGAUCAUAUCAAGCGGCCUCGACGCCCGACUCAUCAAAGUGGCAGCGAUCGGUCUGGAUCCAGAGAGACAUUUGGGAAAAUCCCUGGCGGAGAUGGAACCGUAUCUGCACGAGCUUUCAGAGAAGUAUGGAGUUCAUAUCUGUGGGGAAGGAGGCGAGUACGAGACCUUCACCGUCGACUGUCCGCUCUUCAAGAAGAAGAUCGUCAUUGACUCUGCGGAGACCGUGAUCCACUCGGCCGAUGCCUUCGCUCCUGUGGGAUUCCUGCGCCUCACACACAUGCACACCGAGGACAAAACAGAAGGUUUGGGAGCACUGCCUCUCAGUAGAUGUCCUUGCCAGAACACCAUUGACAAGAUGACAGAAGAGCUGGAAUAUGCUGAUAAAUCUCCAGACGUCCAGCGAGGGUGUCCAUCAAACGCUGAGCGCGGUUGUCAGCCGGAGCAGGGUCGUCUGCCGUCACACUCAUCCCGGAGUCCGGCGGGUUUCCAGUGGAUCAGUGGCUUGACGGCGCCUCCGUCCGAACACGCACACGUCCAGGGCCAGAGCCGGCACAUCUUCACACUCCUGCAGAGGCGUCUGCAGGAGCGCGGCUGGCGGAUGGAGCAUGUGCUUCUGGUUCAUCUGUACGUCAGGGACAUGGAGAACUUCAGCCUCAUCAACUCCCUGUACCGAAGCUUCUUCACACUGGAUCCUCCAGCCAGGGUGUGUGUUCAGGCAUCUCUCCCGCUCGGUCAGCACCUUCAGAUGGACGUUCUGCUUCACGAUUGGACAACGGCGAGCGAGAACGACGGGUUUCCUCAGAGACACACACUUCACGUCCAGAGCCGGUCUCACUGGGCCCCAGCCAGCAUCGGGCCCUACAGUCAGGCCACGCAGGUGCGUGAGGCUGUGUUCUGCGCGGGACAGGUCGCUCUGACCCCCUGCUCUAUGCAGAUGCUGGACGGGCCGCCAGCGCUCCAGGCCCGGCUCUGCUUCAGUCACACGGAGAAGGUUCUGUGUGCCGUCAGCGCCGGACUCACGCUGGCUCACGCUCUGCAGGCGCACGUCUACCUCACACAGUUUAUUGUGUGUGUGUGUGUCCAGGUGGAGGUCAGUGUCGUGGCCGUCCAGUCUUUACCCAGAGGAGCCGCGGUGGAGCUCCAUGUGAUCGCGGUGCAGGACCGUCCCGCGGGUCGAGCGUCCCGUCGCAGCGUCUCACGGGUCCCGGGCGGCUCCGUGGAGUGCCGGCUGCUCCAGUCCAGCUGCGCUCGAUACGCCUCCCUGUCUCUGAGCCUGAGUCUCAGCGGGACACACACACCGGCGGCCCAGACCCUCACAGACGCACUGCUGUCCUCCUACCAGAGCGCUCUUCAGAAGACGGAGAACCUCUCGGCUCUGUGCGCCAGGGUUUUCUAUAAGAGCCACGACAUGUUCGUCACAGAGAUCGCCACAGGGCUGGAGCGGUGUCUGAGCGGAUCUGGUCUCGAUGGAUCCGGUCCCGCUGUGGUGCUGGUUCCGGUUGAGGAUCUGCCGGGUCGUGUUCUCCUGCUCGUGUCCUGCUGGCUCAGUGUGUAGACGAGUCAAACCUGCUCAGAUCUAGACCUGCAGUCAGUGCCGCUCUCAUUCAAUGCAUAUCUGUGUUUUUUAAAGUGACAGUUCA